AUGGCGAGGGCGGAUUCGGACAGGUUCACGGCCAUCAUCCAGCAGGUGGAUUGCCUGCACGAGCUCGUGCAGAGGCCUAGGGAGCAAAUAGCGGAUGCAGAAGCUCUGCUUGGCAUUGCAAGCACUUUGGUAACUUCGGUGAGGUCCCAGUCAUGUGAAGGAAUCACCCCUUCUGAUUUCAUAACAGCUUUACUCAAGAAGUUUGGGCAGCAAGGGACCCCUGAUGAUGAGUCUGUCUCGUUGCGAUGGGGUGAUCUCGGGCAUUCUGUUUCACAUAUCUUCAGGCCUAUGCCUGGAUGCUGUACCAUGCUUGGUCCUAUGGAUACUGAAGUAAAGCAACGGAAAGUUGCGGCUGUUGGUAGAAAAUGGACUGCACGGCCAACAGAAAAUAAUUGUCCUGAAGAGCUUGCUGAUUCUUCAGAGGAAGUAAAGUCAGACACUGACAGGAAUGUCUUAGUUAUUUUUUAUGUCCUGAGGCGAAAGAAGAGUACAAAGCUUGAAAACUUUGUUUUGAAUAGGCUUUCAUUUGCCCAAACGGUUGAAAAUAUUUUUGCACUGUCUUUCUUAGUGAAAGAUGGUCCAAGGAAUUCACCUGCUGCUAGCGCCAUAGCCUCAGGAGAAGUCUCCUACAGUCAUUUUGUUUUUAGAUUUAAUUUCAAAGACUGGAAGAUUUUUCCUCUAUUUAUCCAACCAGAGCUUAUGAAAGAAGCUGUCACGGAAGGGGAAGAGUUGUUGCCACACAGGACUUUGCAGAGCGCUCCUUGCAAUGAAGAGAAUGAUCAACCAAAUACGGAGGCACGUGCGCAAGUAACGCCUAUCAAGAAACUCACCCGGAACCGAGGCUUGAUCUUGCAGGAUCAUGUAGUCGAGGAAACUCCUGAGGAGAACCAAACGUCUAAGCGCAGGCGCCUUUUCAGAGAUCAAGAUUGA